CUAUCGUAAAGUUGAGUUUAAGGAGAACUCCUGAUCUUAGCGUUGAGUGAAGUAGAUUUUAAUAAAUGAGCCGACUCUAACUCAACUCAGCUCAGCUCGUUUAUAAACGAGAACAAGACAAAACUGGACUCGGUUCGAGUAAAUGGCAAAAUAUGGAGACCCAAGAAAAGGGAAGACAUCUGUGUUAUCUUGACUAACACAUAGCUGGGCUCAGUUAACCCCGAAUGAUUCUCCAUCCCGGCCCAGGCCCAGGCCUAGCGGCAACCAUUCCAAAUCAGCCGCAGAAAAUUGACAGCCACCAAAAAAUUAGAUAACCUUUCUGGCUCAAUGGCAUGCACAACUGCGCCUAUCCGCAGGGUUUUCCCGACACAGGCCUCCGGCGAUCGGAAAGAUAGUUAUCAGAACUCAGCAAAACCGCCUGCCGAGCAAUUCGCACCGCUGGCAUCCCAAUUUGGCCGCCGGUUGCUCCUUGGAACAGGGUCAGCUGCUCUAGUCGCCGUCGGGGCGAAUUUCGGCGGAAUCACCAGCUUCCUUCUAGGCUUGUCGCCAGGGACCGGCCGGGAUCUCAAAUUGGAUGUGGUUUAUCCGAUCGGGGGAUACAGCCGUUGCAUCGAAGCAAGCGAUGGAUUCGAGUUCAUAUACCCGGCGAAUUGGGUCGGAGAUCAGACGCUUCUGUACCGCGCCGCCGCGAAAGCAGAACUACAGCGAUCGCUCGACCCGCCACCUCUGGACAAAAAUUCGAGGUCCGCGAGGAGAAGGAGUAGUGUUAACGAGCCGGUGAUUGCGUUUGGCCCGCCCGGUUCGACCGGAGAGCUCAAUGUCAGCGUCAUUGUCUCCCUUGUUCCUCCGGAUUUCAAGAUCGAGGCUUUUGGAGGGGCGGAGGAAGUCGGCGAGGCCGUGGUUCGGGCGAUCACUGGGUCGGCGCGACGCCCAGAGGUGAAGGGAACUCUGAUACGGUCAAGCCUAAGAGAGGACAGAUUGAGCAAUGUGAACUACUACGAGCUGGAGUUCAGAGUUGAGAGCCCUUCAUUCCAUAGGCACAAUGUAGCAGUCUGUUGCGCUCGCGGCGGCCGGUUAUUUACCUUGAAUGCUCAGGCGCCGGAAUCAGCCUGGACCAACGUUAGCAAAGACUUCCGACGAAUCGCCAAAUCGUUCCGUCUAACCUCUUGAUGAUCAAACAACGACAGGAGAGGCAUUUCUACAAAUGUUCCAUCUUUGAUGUAUAAAACAUGCUUACACUGAACUAAAGAUUGAGACGACUAAAACAUGCAAUUCGGC